AUGAGCAGGCGGGCCGGAACAAAUGAUUACAUCCAAAGCCUACCAAUCCCGCGGAGAACGGAGAUAGCUCGAUUGGCACGGUUAGCAAUUUAUUCCUUGUGGGGCCUUGCCUAUUUGGCAGUUAACCACUGGGGACUUCAGUUGAAUCGUCAGCUCUAUACCUUUGUCACGACAAAGAAAUCCUUAUUGCCGUAUGAGUCACUAACCAAGACAAUGCGCAACAUAAUCAUGGUCCACGAUCAGGAUGACAGCUUCUGUAGAGCUAUCACCAACCCGGGAGUCACUUCUUUGUCGCCAUCUCCCCUAGAGUUUGUACAUAUUCCGAGAACCGGUGGGAAAACAAUCGAAGCCCUCGGUAGUAGAUACAACAUAUCGUGGGGAUGUUGCCAUUGGAUGAAUUAUUCACGGCUAGACCUACGGUGCCCGAGGCGUAAACACAGUAAACCAAAUCAUCCUCACUGGAACACAUCGUACUGGCACGUCCCUAUUCGAUACCACUCGACGGGGCUGAACGCAUCCGAUCCGACAGAAGAAACCUGGAAAUGGUACGAAAGUAAAAGCCUUUUUGCGGUGGUCCGCGACCCUUUCCAUCGGGCGGUCAGCCAAUGGAACUUUGCGUGCAAACUCCCGUCGAUGAAUGUGGAAGCUGAUCAAUGCGGUAACGCCACGCUAAUGAACCAGAAGCUCUUGGAAAUCGCUCGGUUGACUGAGAAGGCUGGCCCAGGUACCGUGAGUAGAGCGACGAAGCCGUCAAAAGAAUAUUUUUUAGCUGAUGGUCGAUUUAUCCCGCAGGUUGAUUAUGUUACCAAUAUUCCCCCGAACAAGCUCGGAGCUGCUCGACACAAUCCAGAGCAAGUGUAUAUAAUCCGGCAGGAGUCGUUUUUGGGAGAUCUCUCGUGCUUGUUACAACGCUUCGGCCUAAAAUGGCGACUCCCGGCCAGCAAGCGUGAUAAGGAAGCAGGGCGAUUGACAGUAUCAAACUUGACUAGGAAGACGAGAGAUGUCCUUGCUCACGUUUAUGCUGAGGACUUCGACGUGUUCGGCUACGCGAAACAGAUAGACAAUAGGUCUCCAGUCUAG